AUUUCUUUGAUUGAUUUCGUGAUUAUUGUAUUUGAUGUUGGAUCAUAUUGAAGUGGGUUUUUUCGCUAAUUUAUUUGAUGCUGAUUUUGAAGUGUUUUUGGAGCUGCUCCGAGUGAAUAUUUGAUUCAGCCCAUUUCUGAGUUUUUUCCUAUUUUCUUGAUGUGAAUCAUUUAUAAGAAAACCCUUUAAUUUGUAAGAAUUUCUAUUGGAAAAAGGAAAAAAGGAAUUAUGAAGAGACUUGAUUUCUUGUGAUGUUCAGUUAAGCAAUAGUUUUUUAUACGUCUCUUCUUUCCUAAUGUUGUGAGCUCUGUUUCAAGAAGACAAUUGAUCUUGGAAGAGUGAGUAUGAGUAAUUUUGUGGAUCUCUUUUUAAUUUUAUGUUAUAUUUUAAAUCUCUAUUACCUUUUUGUUUUUCCAAGUAAUUGUCGACGUUGUAGGUGCUUCUUUUCCGUGUUUGAUGUUUAAUUUCUUUAAUUUCUUUAUACUACUGCCGAUGGAAAAAGUGGCUGUGUGACUGACCAGAGUUACUUUCACAAAUAUUUUGGCGACAGCGUCAGUCCCUUGAUAUCUCAUGCAUUAAGUAUUUGAAAGAUUCUUUAUCUGCAUGGGCAUUGAUCUGGCUUUUCUGUCUGUGAUAUAUUUGUGUAAGAUGUUUAAAGAUAAGGCCAAUGUUCGGAAUGCGAAAGAAUCCAUAUAUUUCUCCAAAGACAAGCUGGCUGUUUUAUUGAUUGGUGUCUUCUUUCUGAUUAUAUGGGACAUGUAAAAGAGGAAGAGGAUAUACCAAGAACCUGUUGAUGGUUCUACAGACCAACUCGCGCCAUUUAAAACUGUUCUCCAUUAUAUUGAACAAUUGUUACUCCCCUCCAUUUGUGUUAUACCUGCAUGGGUGCUUUCAUUGUUCUGUGUAAUUUUUUUCAGCACCUCUUAGUCAACUUGUUUCGUGUAACAAAAUAGUUGUCUAUUUUUCACUGCUCUGAUACUGAUUUAUGGACCCUGAAAGGAUGAAGGUACUUGCGCCAUGUUUAUGAAAACUUGAAGUUUGAGUCUGUACAUUUGCUUUGAAAAAUUAUGGUGGAAGAAGGACCCAGACGAAACACAACUUUGAUGGAGGAGAUUCAGUUGUGUACCAACUGGGAUGAUGUCACAUGUCCCAUAUGCUUAGACUAUCCUCAUAACAGUGUUCUCCUCCAAUGCUCAUCAUAUGACAAAGGAUGCCGACCUUUUGUGUGUGAUACAGACCAUUUACAUUCCAAUUGUUUGGACCGUUUUAAAGAAGCAAAUGGCAUGCUCUCUGGUUCACAAUCACCAAGUUCGGCUGAUAAUCUACAAUUCUUGGAUUCAGGGCCCGAUAGCAAACCAGCAUGCCCCUUGUGUAGAGGUGAAGUUACUGGAUGGAUAGUGGUCGAUAAGGCUCGUGUACAUUUGGAUGUGAAGAAUCGUUGCUGCGAAGAGGCAAAAUGUUCAUUUACCGGCACCUAUUUGGAACUCCAAAAGCAUGCACAAGUAGAGCAUCCUCACGCUUGCCCUUCAAAAAUUGAUCCUGCACGCCAGCUUGAUUGGGAGAAUUUCCAGCAAUCCUCUGAGAUCAUAGAUGUCUUGAGCACCAUCCACUCAGAAGUCCCACACGGGGUCGUUUUGGGUGAUUAUGUCAUAGAAUAUGGGGAUGAUAACUCCGGAGAUGAUUUUGACGAGUUCCGUGGGGAUGAGAGAAACUGGUGGACGUCUUGUAUAUUAUAUCAGAUAUUUGAAAAUUUUAGGACAUCUAGAAAUAGAAGAAGGUCAAGGGUCAGUGAUUCCAGAAGAGGAAACCGCCGAUUGACUUAUGAUACUUCGAACUCUGGUGAGGUUUCUGUAUCAUCUAUAGAAUAUGCGUACUAUAACGCGGAUGACGUUGAUGGCGAGUUUGCGGUGGCAAGGGAACUGUCAAGGGGAAGAGCUGGUCAACGCAGCUCUCGCAGGCGGCGCUCCCGCUUCUAUGACAACUAGAAUAGAGUUUGCUGUAGCUGUUGUAUGGAAGGAAAGCUCACAGAUCUCGGUCACCGGGAAGUGGAUGCAUGCACCAGGUGCAUGUUGGCACCGUUAAUGACCUGUAGAAAUCUUGGAUGACAUAAUCCAUUAGUUUGUCAUUUCUUUGCAGUCGGUUUCUUCUUUUUGUAAGUUACGUUUUGUUUUCUGAGGCUGGUACAGUCUUCAUAUGGUCGCUGCUUACAGUUUUGUGGUUAUUUGUUUUGCUUCAUGCCGUAUUCUCUCCAAGAUACUUCUUUUUGCUUCUUAGAUGACCAGGUUGAAUUCAACUGUUGCAAGGACUUAGCGUCGUGAUUUGAAUAGAUUGCACAUAGAACAUUGUAUCAUAUACAAUUUCAUUUGUUUUGGCAUCACUUGAUCUUUCCAGUCUCCUCGGAAAUUCUCCAUCAGAUAUUAUUCUAAUUGUAGGUUCAGUUGGCAUUCA